AUCCAGAUUUUAGAUUAUUUUUGGUCAGUUAUCCCCCACGCUACCUUCCCCUCAAAUCCACGGCGUCACGUUACUGCCGGGAGAGAAAACGCCGGCGGCAUGGACGCCGAUCGCCGUGGGGGCUUAAGGACGCCGAUAUUAGCGGACGAUGAGGUACGUAGAAGCUUGUAACUAUAGUAGUUAGCUGCAGUAUCGAUCGGAUCGAGGUCAGGAGGCUUGCGCGCUGUUCCGGGAGGCCCGAUUCGGGGCCGUGGGCGCCGGCGCGCCCUGCAACUGCAAGUCUGCAACCUCGAGCCACCCUGAGCCGUCGGUGUGGCCUGCCACGCUCGACGAUUCCUGCCCAGGCGUCUGGUUCGGAAGCUCGGGAGCAUGCGGUGCACAUGGCGGCCGGUCACUGCUCUGAUAAGGCGCUCAAAGUCAUCUUGUGCCUGCAGUUCCUGGAGGUCAGUGCUUUCUACGGGGUCUACCUGAACUUGAUAGUGUAUCUUCAGGAUGUUCUCCAUGGAGACAGUGCAUCCAAUGUGACGGCCGUGAAUUCUUGGGCUGGGGUCAGCUACCUCAUGCCCCUGCUCGGCGCCGCCGUCGCCGACUCCUACUGGGGAAAACACAAGACCGUUUUGAUCGGCCUCUGCAUUUCUCUCGUCGGGAUGGCCAUGGUCACCACGUCAGCUACGCUGCCGUCUCUGAGGCCGCCGCCUUGCUCGCCGGGCGCGUACUGCGCACCGGCGACGCUCAGCCAAGAGCUAGUCUUCUUUUCGGGCAUAUACCUGUGCGGCGUCGGGAUCGGCGCGUCCAAGGCAGUCUUCAUCUCGUUUGCCGCGGAGCAGUUCGACGACGACGAUGACAAGAACACGUCGGGAGGGGAGGCGAAGGCGUCCUACUUCAGCUGGUACUACGCGGUGGCCAACGUGGCCAUGCUGACCGCGGGGACACUGCUGGUUUGGGUCGAGGACAAGGUGAGCUGGGGGCUCGGGUACGGCAUCUGCGCGUCGUUCGUCGCGGUCGCCGUCGUCGGCCUCGCCGCGACGGCGCCCAUGUACCGGAUCGUGCCUCCGGCGGGCAGCCCGAUGAAAGGCGUGCUCCAAGUGCUGGUGGCGUUCUCUCGCAAGGUAAACCUGACGGUGCCUGAGGACGCCACAGAACUGUACGAGGAGGAUGGUGUCAAGAACCCGUUGCUGCAUCCGCUGCACGAACGAUUGCAGCACACGGAACAGUUCAGGUGCUUGGACAAGGCUGCCAUUGUCACGGCCGAGGACUUGGAAGACAGCGGCCUGAACCGGCCAUGGAGGCUGUGCACGGUGACCCAGGUGGAGGAGCUCAAGACUCUGCUGCGGCUGAUCCCGAUAUGGCUCACCUCGGCCGUCUACUUCGUCGCCAACACGCAGGCGCAGACCACGUUCGUGCAGCAGGGCACCAAGACGGACUCCCACAUCGCGGGCGGCGCCGCGUCCGUCCCGGCCGCGUCGCUGACGUCCAUUGAGACGGUGCUCGUCGCCGCCUACGUCACGCUCUACAACAGGGCCGUCGUGCCAUCCGUGGCGUUCACGCCGCUCCAGCUCAUGGGGCUCGGGCACGCCACGGCGGCCGGGGCGGUGGCCGUGGCCGCGUGCACCGAGGCGCGCAGGCUGCGGAUGGCCGGGGGCCAGGAGGCGGCCCAAAUGGGCAUAGCGUGGCUGCUGCCGCAGUACGCCGUGAUGGCGGUCUCGGACGCGUCGCUCUCCGUGGGGCAGAUGCAGUUCUUCUACGACCAGUCGCCGGAGACGAUGAGGGGCGCGUCGACGGCGUUCUACUUCCUGUCCAUCUCCCUCGGGAAUCUGAUCAAUUCGCAGCUGGUGACGCUGGUGGCGUCCGUCACGUCGGCAGGGGGGAGGACGGGGUGGUUUCCACCGGAAUUGGAUGAUGGGCACCUAGAUUACUACUUCGUGCUCGUUGUCGCCAUCACUUUGCUGAACUUUGCCGUUUUUGUUGCCCUUGCCAAGAACUACACGUCCAAGAGAGUUAGAUAGUUGGAUUCCAAACAAGGAAGAACAUAAUAAUACUACUUAUGUAGAGCCAGUGAAUUAUGAUGCUAGUCAGGAGUCUCUAGACUCCCUUGCACCAGAUUGGGGGUGGCAACUGGGGAGGGUGAAGAGGUGAAAGAGUUAGACAGCAAUGUGGAUGAGAAUUUAAGGAGAUGUGGCAGAUUGGUAGACAAGCAAGAUGCCAGAAUUGAAGAACUGGCUAAACAGAGAGAUGCUGAUAAAUAUAACUAUGGUAAGAAUUCUGAUUUAGAUACUCA